AUGGCGUUAAUCAGAAUUGGACUGAUGCGAGUGGGACACAAGAAAGAUACGUAUUUACGUGAUGAUACGUUUGAAGAUUUUGAAGACCUAGAGAAGGUCUAUGGACAAAACAUUGCAAAAGGAAAUAAUACAGUGGGGUUAGGAGAUACCACAGAUGCUCGUACUUAUAUAGCAAGAGAUAAUGAUGGUGAUGAUGAGAAUGAUGGUGAUCCUGAUGCUGAUGAUGAUGGUGAUGAUGGUGAUGGUGUAGAACAAGCUUCAUCUUUGAGACGUUCGAAUGCGAUUGAAAAGCUCCCAGUAAGAAAGAGAGCUAGAACUGACGUAUAUAAUGUGGAGAAAAUUUCAGAUGAAAUAAAUGCUGUCACUGGGACUACCAAUCAGAUUGUCAGUAUGAUUCAACAAAGAUGGCAAAAGGAAGCCGAAGAGAAAGAAGCUGACGAAAAAGUUAAUAACGUAUGGGACAUAAUUAAAGAAAUUCCUGAUUUAGAAGAAAAUGAACGUUUUGAUGCAAUGAAUUUAGUUCACCAGCUUUGUAUGAAAGCUGGAUUCAUGAGUAUGACUAGGGAGGAACGUUUUAGAUGGAUCAAACGUUCCGUACGUAAGCCAUGA